UGUAGCACACGAAGCGUUUAAAGACAAGGAAGUCAAUGUUUGGAUCUUCUGCAUUGCUUUAAUUAAAAAUAUUAUGAACGUUUGUGUUUGUUUGAUAACCGCAGCAUUUUGCUUUCAUGCGUUACAGUCAAUUUUUUCCCGAUUGUCUGACUGACCAUGUUUGAUUCAUUCUGAAAUCUCCGAGGAAACCAUGGAAGUGAGACAAAGGAAGGAACCUCAAAGUGAUGGAAUCUCUACAGAAGAAGCUGAUCUUAGUAGUUCUGCUUCUUCUAAUGCAGAUGAAAAAUGUGUUUCUACAAAACCAUCUAUGGAUUCAGAGUCAGAGAUGCAAGUUUUAGAGCCAGGAAAAGCCAAUUGUUUUCAAUCACAACAAUCUAAAACAUCUCAACAAAACAGCAAGAUUUCUUUACUGCAGCGACUGAUUAAAAUGCUAUUUGGAUGUUUGGCUGCUGUUACCAGUGGCAUGAUGUAUGCAGUGUACUUGUCAACAUACCAUGAGAGGAAAUUCUGGUUUUCUAGCAGACAGGAGCUCGAACGAGAAAUCACUUUCCAAAGUGGCAGUGGAGUCUACUAUUACUACUAUAAGCAUAUGCUGAAAGCCCCUUCAUUUGAAAGAGGGAUUUUUGAGCUAACACGUGAUAAUGAUACAGUAUCAGCACGAACUAUGAAUGCAGUUGAACAACUGUCUCUUUACCCUGAACUGGUUACCAGCUUUUUAUAUCGUUUUACAGGAAGCCAGGAUGUCAUUGAACCUGUUUACUUCUAUAUUGGUGUUGUGUUUGGACUUCAGGCUGUGUAUGUGACUGCACUGUUUGUGUCAAGCUGGAUGAUGAGUGGCUCAUGGGUGGCUGGCAUGCUUGCAGUGGCAUGGCAUAUGAUAAACAGAAUAGACACUACUAAAGUGGAUUAUGCUGUUCCACUAAGAGAUAAUUGGGCAUUGCCCUAUUUUUCAUGUCAGGUUGCAGCACUUACAGGCUUUUUAAGGAAUGAAAUUAACUCAACAACAGAGAUGCUUUGCUAUCUUCUUAUGAGUGCCUCUACAGUUACCUUCAUAUUAAUGUGGGAGCACAGCCACUAUGUACUUUUUGUACAAGCUAUUGCAUUGUUCCUGCUUGACUGCUUUGAUUUAGUUCAGACUCGCAAGGUUGCAUAUAUACAGAAAGUCUACCUCUGUUCAGUUGCUCUGGGUUAUUUUAUGCAGUUCCAUAAAGCAAGCUUAUUGAGCUCACCAUUGUCAAGCCUUAUGGUUGGCUCAGUGCUCGCAAGGCAUUUGCAGCAUAACCUGAAGAAAGGUAGUUUUGUAGCCAGGGUGAUGAAAAUAAUGCUUCAUUUCUACCUAGUUUUUACAAUUUCAUUUAUGUUCAGAUUUGUUGCAAAGAAAAUUAUGCCUGCUGAUGAAAGUGAUCAUAUAAUAAAGUUUCUUGAAGCAAAAUUUGGAUUUAAUACAACAAUAGAUUUUACUACAAACUUGUUGCUCUGUCAAGAAGCUUUUCAGAUCCCGGGCCAAGAUUUAUUUUUCCGAUUAACACAAGCAUCUGUUUUGCCAUUUUAUUUAUUGGUACUGCUUGCUUGUUUUAUUUCAACAAUCCAAAUGAUUUACAGGCAGCUUAGUGAUAAACCAUUGAAGACAAACUUCAAACUUGAAGAUGGCUGGAUUGGCAGACGUUCUGAUGUUGCAUAUCAUGUUUUUCAUACUAUACUCUUUGGCUCUUUGGCAAUGUUGUUUGAAGGGCUGAAGUACUUGUGGAUUCCUUAUGUGUGCAUGUUUACUGCAUUUGGUGUUUGCUCUCCAGAAUUGUGGAUGACUGUCUUCAAGUGGAUGAGACUGAAAUCUGUUCAGCCAGUUGUUCUGGCACUUAUACUAAGUACUGCUGUUCCUACAAUAAUUGGAUUCAGCUUGUGGAGAGAGUAUUUUCCCCGAGUAAUAACUGAACUUGCAGAGAUGCAGGAGGUAUACGAUCCUGACACUGUUGAACUGAUUAAUUGGAUCAAAAGACAAGUUCCAGUGGCUGCAGUGUUUGCAGGAAGUCCACAGCUUAUGAGUCUGGUCAAGCUCUGUUCAGGGUUGACAGUAGCAAAUCUACCUCUCUACAAUGAUAUUGAUCUUUUGAAGAGAAAUGAAAAUGUAAGAACUGCUCAAGCUCUGUCAAACUGCAUGGCGAUUGUGUGUGAACAACCUUUUUCAAGUCCAGGCAGAAAUUAUCAACUGGAUUGA